AGGUUGUAAAACCUUCGGACUCCACAGUGGAGUCCAUUGUUUCUCCGGCUCCCUCAGGCUCAUGCUCACCGGGUGGCUGGCGACAGGCGACCAGCACUAUGUCUGACUCGGUCAUUCUCCGCAGUGUGAAGAAGUUCGGAGAGGAGAAUCACGCUUUUGAGUCCGAUAACUAUGAGAAGAAAUCCAGAUUUCAAGAUGAGAAGAAAGGAGACAGCAUUCAAGUGGGCUUCUUUCGAUUGUUUCGGUUUUCUUCAUCGACUGACAUUUGGCUGAUGGUUGUGGGAAGUUUAUGUGCAUUUCUUCAUGGAGUGGCCCAGCCAGUCAUGAUACUUGUUUUUGGCACGAUGACAGAUGUUUUUAUUGACUAUGACAAUGAACUGCAAGAACUCAAGAUCCCUGGAAGAGAAUGUGUAAAUAACACCAUUGUAUGGGCCAACAGCUCCCUCAGCCAGACUGGGACAAAUGGAACGCAGUGUGGGUAAGUAGCUAUCGACACAGAGGAAGUGCUGUUCUUUUGGCUUGGCGUUCUGUACAGGCACAUGGGUAUUGCCCUAAAUGUCUUGCUCCAUUUCCAGAUAUGCCUUUGGGUCAUUGCUGCAGCUCAUCAGAUACAGAAAAUGAGGAAGAUUUACUUUAGGAGAGUAAUGAGGAUGGAAAUUGGAUGGUUUGACUGCAAUUCUGUGGGAGAGCUCAAUACGAGAAUCUCUGAUGAUAUUAAUAAAAUCAACGACGCCAUUGCUGACCAAAUCGCCCGUUUCAUUCAGUACAUGACCACCUGCAUCUGCGGGUUACUCCUGGGGUUUACCAAGGGCUGGAAGUUGACCUUGGUUAUUAUUUCGAUCAGCCCUCUCAUUGGGCUUGGAGCAGCUGUCAUUGGUCUGAGUGUGUCCAAGUUCACUGACUAUGAGCUGAAUGCCUAUGCCAAAGCUGGGUGUGUGGCUGAUGAAGUGAUUUCAUCGGUGCGAACAGUGGCUGCAUUUGGUGGUGAAGAAAAAGAGGUCAAAAGGUAUGAGAAAAAUCUUGUGUUUGCCCAGCAAUGGGGGAUUCGGAAAGGCAUCGUGAUGGGCUUCUUCACUGGAUACUUCUGGUGUCUCAUCUUCCUGUUUUAUGCACUGGCCUUUUGGUAUGGCUCCAAACUCAUUCUGGACGAGCAAGAGUAUACACCAGGAACCCUGAUCCAGAUUUUCCUCAGUGUCUUAGUGGCCGCUUUAAAUCUUGGCUACGCAUCUGCUUGUUUGGAAGCCUUUGCAACUGGCCGUGCAGCUGCCUCCAGUAUUUUUGAGACAAUAGACCGGCAACCAGUCAUUGACUGCAUGUCAGAAGAUGGUUACAAGUUGGAUAGAAUCAAGGGUGAAAUUGAAUUCCAUAAUGUGACAUUCUACUAUCCCUCCAGGCCGGAUGUGAAGAUUCUGAGUAAGCUCAGCAUGGUUGUUAAGUCAGGGGAACUGACGGCGGUGGUGGGAGCCAGUGGAGCCGGGAAGAGCACGGCACUGCAGCUCAUUCAGCGGUUCUACGACCCCACCGAAGGCAUGGUGACCCUGGAUGGUCAUGACAUUCGCUCUCUGAACAUUCAGUGGCUUAGAGAUCAGAUUGGGAUCGUGGAGCAAGAGCCGGUUCUGUUCUCCACUUCCAUUGCAGAAAAUAUUCGCUACGGCCGUGAAGACGCGACAAUGGAGGAUAUAAUCCGAGCUGCCAAGGAGGCCAAUGCCUACAACUUCAUCAUGGACCUGCCGCAGAAAUUUGACACCCUUGUUGGAGAAGGCGGAGGCCAGAUGAGUGGGGGCCAGAAACAGAGAAUAGCCAUUGCGCGAGCCCUGGUGCGCAACCCCAGGAUCCUGCUUCUGGACAUGGCCACGUCGGCGCUGGACAACGAGAGCGAGGCCACCGUGCAGAGAGCCCUGAGUAAGAUCCAGCACGAACACACGAUCAUCUCUGUCGCCCAUCGCCUGUCGACGGUCAGAGCUGCAGAUGUCAUCAUUGGGUUUGAACACGGCAUAGCUGUGGAACGAGGCACCCACGAAGAACUGCUGGAAAGAAAAGGAGUUUACUUCACUCUGGUGACUUUGCAAAGUCAAGGAGAUCAAGCCCAGAAAGAAAAGGAAGCUCGGGAAAAAGAUGCGAAGGAAGAUGCUUCACUUGAGCGAAAUGAGACCUUUAGCAGAGGAAGUUACCGUGCUAGCUUAAGAGCUUCCAUCCGGCAGCGCUCCAAAUCUCAGCUUUCUUACCUGGGACAUGAAACUCCAUUAGCUGUUGUAGAUCCUAAGACUACUUAUGAAGAAGACAGAAAGGCUGUGGAGGUUCCUGUGGAAGAGGAUGUGAGACCUGCACCAAUCAGGAGGAUCCUGAAGUUCAAUGCUGCCGAGUGGCCGUACAUGCUGGCCGGGUCUGUGGGUGCAGCUGUCAAUGGGGCCGUCACACCCCUCUACGCCUUCUUAUUCAGUGAGAUUCUUGGGACGUUUUCAAUUCCUGAUAAAGAGGAACAACGGUCUCAACUCCACGGUGUGUGCCUGCUCUUUGUAGUGCUGGGCAUUGUAUCCCUUUUCACCCAAUUCCUGCAGGGAUAUACAUUUGCAAAAUCUGGGGAGCUCCUCACAAAAAGACUACGGAAAUUUGGCUUCAGGGCGAUAUUAGGGCAAAACAUUGGCUGGUUUGAUGACCUCAGAAACAGCCCUGGAGCCCUGACAACGAGACUUGCUACUGAUGCUUCCCAAGUUCAAGGGGCUGCUGGCUCUCAAAUUGGGAUGAUCGUCAAUUCCUUCAGCAACAUUGCUGUGGCCAUGACCAUUGCCUUCUUAUUCAGCUGGAAGCUGAGCUUGGUCAUUUUGUGCUUCUUCCCCUUCUUGGCUCUGUCAGGAGUCAUACAGACCAAAAUGUUGACAGGAUUUGCCUCGCAAGACAAGCAAGCUCUAGAGUCGGCAGGACAGAUUGCAAACGAAGCUCUCAGUAACAUCCGCACCGUCGCUGGUAUUGGAAAGGAGAGGUGGUUUAUUGAAGCCUAUGAGGCUGAGCUGGAGAAGCCAUUCAAGACAGCCAUUCGAAAGGCGAACGUAUAUGGCUUCUGCUUUGGUUUUUCCCAGUGUAUUACAUUUAUUGCCAAUUCUGCUUCCUACCGAUACGGAGGUUACUUAAUCCUCCAUGAAGCCCUGCACUUCAGCUAUGUGUUCAGAGUGAUCACUGCUGUUGUCCUGAGCGGGUCUGCUCUCGGAAGAGCCUCCUCUUACACCCCGAACUAUGCCAAAGCGAAAAUAUCAGCUGCACGCUUCUUCCAACUGCUGGACCGACAACCCCCAAUCAAUGUAUACAGCAGUGGAGGUGAAAAGUGGGACAACUUCCAGGGGAAGAUUGACUUUGUUGACUGCAAAUUCACGUAUCCUUCUCGGCCUAACAUACAAGUUCUCAAUGGGCUCUCAGUGUCUAUUAACCCAGGGCAGACACUGGCCUUUGUUGGAAGCAGUGGAUGUGGCAAAAGCACCAGCAUUCAGCUGUUGGAACGUUUCUAUGAUCCCGACAAAGGGAAGGUGAUGAUAGACGGCCAUGACAGCACAAAGGUGAAUGUGCAGUUCCUCCGCUCGAACAUCGGAAUUGUUUCCCAGGAGCCAGUGCUGUUUGCCUGUAGCAUCGCAGACAAUAUCAAAUAUGGGGACAACACCAAAGAGAUCCCCAUGGAACAAGUCAUAGCAGCCGCCAAGCAGGCUCAGCUGCAUGCCUUUGUCAUGUCCCUCCCGGAGAAAUAUGAAACUCAGGUUGGAGCUCAGGGAUCUCAGCUCUCUCGAGGGGAAAAGCAACGCAUUGCUAUUGCUCGGGCCAUCCUACGCAAUCCAAAAAUCUUACUGCUAGAUGAAGCCACUUCUGCCUUGGACACAGAAAGUGAAAAGACUGUGCAAGUUGCCCUGGACAAAGCCAGAGAAGGUCGGACCUGCAUAGUCAUCGCCCACCGCCUGACCACCAUCCAGAACUCGGACAUCAUCGCCGUCAUGUCUCAGGGGGUAGUGGUUGAAAAGGGGACCCACGAAGAACUAAUGGAUCAGAGAGGAGCCUACUACAAGUUAGUCACCACUGGAGCCCCCAUCAGUUGACCUGCCUGAGGGCCUCGUGGACCAAUAACGCAGCAACUACUG